AUGGUGAUUUCGGAGGGUGAUAGGAGACCUUGGGUCCUUUCAGCUGUUUAUGCUAGCACUGAUUACAGAGUCAGGAGGGCCUUAUGGGAGGAGGCCUCUCAGAUGAUUAGUCAUGGCCAUCCCAUGCUGAUGGCUGGUGAUUUCAACUGCAUUGUGGACUCUCAGGAGAAGAUGGGGGGGAAUCCAUUUUCCCUCAAUAGGAAGAUCAAAGAAUUUCAGGACUUCAUCUCAACCAAUGGUUUGAUUGAUUUGGGCUUCUCGGGACCUAGGUUUACAUGGUGCAACAAUCAGCAGGGGCGGGCCCGUGUCUGGGAGAGAUUGGACAGAGCUUGUGCCACAGCUGGGUGGGUUCAGAGCUUUCCAGAUUAUCAUGUCAGACAUUUGCCGAGGAUUGCUUCGGACCAUUGUCCAUUGUUGGUGAGUACCGAGGCACACAUUCCAGUCCGCUCCCCUUUCAGGAGAAACCAGAACAGAAUUAGAUCAAUCAGGAGUGAGGAUGGCCAGAUGUCAGAUGACCCUGCGAGGAUCCGGAGGAUUGUGGAGUGCUUUUUCAGAGCGAGGUGGACAGAGCAGGCUGGCGAGGGGGGCCGGGGGGAGAUGGUGAUGCCGGCGAUGAGGGUGUCGGAGGAGGAGACUGCAGCUUUGAUCAGGCCGAUUUCGGUGGAGGAGAUACGGGAGGUGAUCUGGUCCCUUGAGGGGGACAAGGCGCCAGGGCCGGAUGGAUUUCCACCCUUAUUUUUUCGGAGGUACUGGUUGAUAGUGGGACAGGAUGUGACGGCGGCCAUACAGCAGUUUUUUACCACAGCGGUGAUGUCAGCGGACUGGCAGCGUACUUUCAUUACCCUUAUACCGAAGCGGCGGGAUGCUUCUGAGCCGGGGCACUUUCGACCGAUUAGCCUGUGCACCACUAUGUACAAGGCUACGGCGAAGAUCCUCGCCACUAGGAUGCGGGGCAUUCUACUGAGGCUGAUUAGUCCGGAGCAGGGAGCUUUUAUAGGAGGUCGGAGCAUAUCCGACAAUAUCAUGAUUGCUCAGGAGUUCAUGUUUGACUUGGAGAGGGCCCCGAUGAGGAGAUGCUUGAUGGGAGUCAAGCUUGAUAUGGAGCGGGCCUAUGACAGAAUGCGAUGGGAGUUUGUUCAUCAGUCAUUGCAGGGGUUUGGUUUUCCCGAGGAGUGGAUUCGGUGGAUCAUGGGUUGCGUUAGGUUUCCAUCCUUUGCCAUUUUGGUGAACGGUACGCCUUCUCGCUACUUUGUGCCUGUGGGAGGGCUACGACAGGGUUGUCCCUUAUCUCCCUUAUUAUUUAUUAUCUGCGCGGAUGCACUAUCCAGAGUGUUGCGUCAGUCUAUGAUUACUCAGGAGUUGGGGGCUUAUAGGCCUGCGGUGGAGGGUCCAUCGAUCUCUCACUUGCUUUUUGCGGAUGAUUGUUUGCUGCUAGCUCGUGCGACACGCCGGGAUGCUAGGGCUUUGGGCAGGAUUCUACGGGAUUAUUGUGCCAUGUCUGGUCAACGGGUUAACUUCUCGAAAUCCGCAGUUUGCUUUAGCCCGUCUACCAGGCAGGUGGUGAGACACUCCAUCAGUGAGAUUUUGGGGGUGGGUGAGCAUGGUGGUGUUAUGAGAUACUUGGGGGUCCCGCUCUCAGGCCGGCGUUUGCGUGGGAGUGAUUGCUCCUUCCUGGAGGCUACAGUCAGACAGAGGAUGGAGGGUUGGCAGUUGCACUCAUUAUCCAUGAUGGGGAGGGUCACUUUGGCUCGGUCGGUACUCUCUUCGAUUCCCAUUUAUUUGCUUUCCCAUGCUUUUAUUCCAGUGUCAGUUUUGCGGUCCAUCGAGCAGCUGGUUAGGAAUUUCAUUUGGGGGAGGCAAGGUGGCAGGGGCGGUAUUCAUCUGUUGGCUUGGGAGGUGGUGUGCCAGCCCACUAGAUAUGGAGGUUUGGGGGUGCAGUCACUGUUGGUACGGAGGGAGGCUUUAGUGGCUCGUCAUGCUGCUAGGUAUGUCUUGGAGCCUGAUAGUAUGUGGUCCUCUCUAAUGAGGGCCAAGUAUGGGGCUUUGGCUGCUGGUGUGAGAGCUGGUCGCCGCCACUCCUUCGUAUGGCGGGAGAUGUGCGCCAGAGCUGGGGAGGUUCUACUGGAGAUCAGAUGGGCUAUAGGUGACGGUCGCUCCGUGGAUGUCCUGGAGGAUUGUUGGGUGACUGCAGUGCCGAUCAGCCGUAUGCCGACCUUGGUGGACUCGGUGCGUCUGGCGGGCCGGAGGGUCAGUGAUUUGUUGGAUCCAGAUGUGGGCGGAUGGAGGGAGGGGCUGGUACGAGAGGUGUUUGGGGCGCAGCUGGCUGCGAUGAUUUUGGGUCUUCCGGUGCCUUUUCAGGGGGAGUCUGACAGGUUGGUUUGGGUGCCGUCGGGCCGAUCACAGGUGCGAGCGAGGGAUCUAUACGCCCUUUUCAGUAGAGAGUCUCCUAGACGGAUGGAGGGAGGCUGGAUUUGGAGGAUGCGGAUUCAUCCUCGGGUGGCGCUAUUUAUCUGGAAGGUGGCUUGGGGCUGCCUUCCCACCAGGAGUGUGCUAGUCAGGCGGGGCAUGAGGGUUCCUCAGGAGUGUGUGGUGUGUCCGGAUAUUGAGGAGACCAUUCAGCAUGUGCUUUUGCAGUGCCCUAGGGCUCGAGAGAUAUGGAGGUCGUCUCCAGCACCUAUUCCCCACUCCGUAGGGUCGACACAGGAUUUCAUACAGUUACUGCGGACUUCGGUUCGGAGCCCUAGGCUGGUGGAGGAGGGCAUUAUUAGGGCAUACCUGGCCUACCAUAUCUGGUUGGACCGGAACGCUCGUUUGUUCGAGGGCAGGAGGAUCUCGGCGAUGAUGGUGGCAGAGAGAGCCGUGCUUCAGGCUGGGGAGGUUCUUUCUUGUUUUGGCGAGUCUUCACUUGGGAUGACUAGGGACAUCUGGGAUACCCGCAGUGCUGUUUUAGCGCCCAGUGUGGCGACGGACAGGAGGUCGGGAGGGGCAGGAUUUGUUAUCCGGGACCAUUUUGGGAGUUUGGUGGCAGCAGGAGGCUGGGGCACGACGGGGCUCACGGUCGUUGGGGCAGAGCUGUGGGCUGCUUGGGCGGGCAUGUCCUAUGCGCGGCAGGUGCUCGGGGCUAGCCGGCUGUACCUUGAGGGGGAUUCCUCCAUAGUCAUAGAUUGGAUCCGGGGUGCUGAUAGGUAUGGAGAUGGACAUCCGCUCAUUCGGGAGACCCGCAGACUGGCGAUGGAGAUGGACGAGUUUCAGGCCGUGCACAUUUUUCGGGAGGCGAACAGGGCUGCUGACUGGGUCGCCUCCCAUGUUGCACGACAUUCUGGGGAGCUCCACUGGACAUCCACAGUGGAGUUACCGCCACAUUUGAUAAGCCAUUGGAAGGAAAGCAAAACAGCAUGCCAUUGUGUGAAUGGAUCGUGCCUCUAA